AUGGUAUUGUUCGGCUGUAAUACAAUUCCGGUGCUUAACUGCUAUGAUAUCAGAAGGAAGCACGAGGGCCCAGAUAUUGCCAGGUUGCCUAGACAGGAGAAAUUCAGAGGAGAGGUCAGGUUCGAAUCACUGACCUUCCGGUCAGUAAAUUCACGCACUGACCACUUGAGCCACACCUAUUUUCUGCUAGCUGGCAUACCAUCCGAAGGAAGCACGAAGGCUGGUGUACUGCUCAGUGGUCUAAGCCUAGAAUGGGGAGGUCGAGAGGCAGAGGUCGGGUUUGAACCGCGGACCUUU